AUGAAACCUGAAAAUACAGAAAUAAUUCCUGUUUUGAGUGAAGAAUAUAAUAAUUUUAAACUUUUCUAUGAAUUAUAAACAUAACCAGCCUAAUAAUUGUAUUAUAGACCUGUUUAUAAUGAAAAUUAUGAAAUAGUUAGAGAAAUUAGAGUCAAAAGAAUAAGAAAUUAUGUAAUCAAAGAAGAUAAUGUAACAGAUCUAUAAAAAACAUAAUAAAGAUUAUAAUAUUGGAUAUAAUUAAGUUAAAAAAAACAUCCUAAUUUAUUAAAUCUAAGAGCAGCAGUAAUACAAAAAGAUGUAUGCAAAUAUGUUACUGAUUAUAUUGAUGGGAUAACAUUAGAAAAAUUACAAAAUAAAAAUAUUUAAAAUAAAGACAAAAUAAAAAUAAUGCAAUAAAUGGUUGAUUCUUUAAGGAUGUUGCAUUCCUAAUAAUUGGUUCAUGGGGAUAUUAAACCUUCAAAUUUUAUGAUUACUCCACAAUAUCAAGUAGUUUUAUUGGAUCUCGAUUAAUUAGGAGCAGAGAGACAAUCUGCUGAUAUGACAUAUUUGUAUUCAUUUAAGGAUGAUCAAUGCCCAACAUUUUAAGGAGAUGUAUGGUCUCUUGGGUUAUGUAUCUAUUCAUUAUUUUUUGGUCAAAGAAUAGAAAAAAAUUGGACUAUUGAUGAUUAUAAGGGAAGAGAUUUUCCUGCUUUUAAUAUUAGAUCUUAUGGUCCUAUUUAAUAAAUUCUAGAUGCUUGUCUCAUUGAUAGUCCAAAAGACAUCUGGUACAUAAGUACUUUAAGUAAGCAAUUAUGA